AUGCCUCCUCCAGCAGCUACUAAUCUGGGUUACACUCCCCCUGACGGAGGAUGGGGCUGGGUGGUCGUCUUUGCUGCUUUCAUCUCUAUUGGAUUCUCCUACGCUUUCCCCAAGUCUCUUACUGUGUACUACAAGGAGAUUCAAGAAUACUUUGGCGCGUCCUACAGUGAGAUAGCAUGGGUGUCCUCCGUCAUGCUCGCCUCCAUGUAUGCCGCAGGGCCCAUCAGCAGUGUUUUGGUAAACCGUUAUGGCAGCAGACCUGUGGUGAUGGCAGGUGGACUGUUGGUCAGUGCUGGAAUGAUCCUAGCAUCCUUUGGCACUUCCAUUAUACACCUUUACCUCUGUGUUGGAGUAAUUGGGGGCUUCGGACUUGCAUUCAACCUGCAACCUGCGCUGACCAUUAUCGGCACUUACUUUCAGGCCAAAAGGCCUCUGGCUAAUGGACUGGCCAUGACAGGAAGUCCAGUGGUGUUGUUCACUCUUGCUCCUCUGAACCAGUACCUGUUUGAUUCUUAUGGCUGGAGGGGAAGCUUCCUCAUUUUAGGAGGCAUUGUCCUGAACUGCUGUGUGGCUGGUUCUCUGAUGAGACCAGUGAAGAAAACGGUUGUGUCCAAAACCGAGCCUUCAGAGUGUCAUGAGAAGGAGGCAGCAGGCUCGCCGAGGACUGAGGACAGCUCGAAGAGCCAGAGAUGUCUGGUGGUCUAUGCAAUCAUCUUUGGUGUGGCUUUUGGCAUGGUGUGUGCUCUGCUCUUUGAGACGCUCAUGGACCUGGUCGGAGCCCAGCGCUUCUCCAGUGCAGUAGGGUUGGUCACCAUCAUAGAGUGUGGGCCAGUGCUGCUGGGACCCCCAAUAUCAGGUGCUAUGGUGGAUGCCUUUGGGGACUACAAAUACAUGUACUACACAUGUGGGGUGCUAAUGUUGCUCCCUGGAAUCUUCUUCUUUAUUAUGCAUUUUUACAACUACAAGAAACUGGAGGCGGAGCAGAGGAAGAACACAGCUGUGGAAACUGCAAAAGACACAGCUCAACAAAUGAUGUACCAAAAGGACAAUGGAUCUGAACAUGAAGCAUGA